UUUUCACGUGUUUUUAGUUAGCCGCUGUUCGAGAGGGACCAGUGAUCAUUUUGUCAGCUGGCACGUGCACGCCAACGAGCGAUUAAUGAACAUCUGAUUUGCAAGGUGGAUGACGGUGGCAAAAUAGUUCAAAGUGCAGCUUGUCUUUUCAACCCGAGUCAUCACAGAGCAAAGUGAUUAACCAUUAACUGCCACCUUGAAGCUAGCGCGGAAGAUUAGCUUUCUUAUCUUCUAAGACUCGUUUGGGCUCAGGUGCUGUUCCGUGAAACCGUGAUGGUCACAUGACUGAGACAUUUAAACCUUCUGGAAUGUCAUUUUAUGUGUGUGACAGGACAUGGCCGCCGGGUACAAGCCAAAGGUGAUAUCUCUAACCAAGAGCCCAGGUCAAACAUUCGGCUUUUAUUUGAGGAUAGAGCACGAUGAGGAGGGCCACCUGAUCCGCUGCCUUGAGAUGGGAGGCCCGGCCGAGCUGUCCGGCAUGAAAGACGGAGACCGGGUCCUCAGAGUGAAUGGCAAAUAUGUCGAUGGGCUUUCCCAUUCUGAGGUGGUGGAGUUGGUGAGAAGCAGCGGUGCCACGGUCAACUUUCACAUACUGGACGAAGCUUCCUACAAGCAGGCCAAGGAGCGGGGAGUAAACCUGGCUGAGCCUCCCCACUCGACAGCAGUCAACGGUGGCGCCCGGCGCGCCCUGAAACCAAGACUCUGCUACAUGGUCAAGUCCGGCUCAGGCUAUGGCUUCUCUCUGCGUUCCGUCAAAGGUGAGCAGGGCGUAUUCGUAUCGGAGGUGACUCCGGGAGGCGUGGCGGACCGAGCCGGCGUCAACACCAACGACCGUCUGGUGGAAGUGAACGGCGAGAAUAUCGAGAGCUACACCCAUGAACAAGUGGUGGACAAGGUCAAGAUGGCGGGCGGGAGCCUCAUGUUCCUGCUGGUGGACGAGGAGACCGACCGCUACUACUGCAGCAUGAACAUGAAGAUCCCCGCUCAGUUCGCCACCACCAAGUGCCUCCCUCACGAGCCGCGCAUCAUCAACUUGACCAAAGCGCCCGGCGGCUACGGCUUCCUGCUCAAGGAGGAGGCCAACAUGGGAGGACACGUGAUCACGGAUAUCGACAGAGGCAGUCCAGCGGAGAGGGGAGGUCUCAAGGACUUGGACAGGCUGGUGGCUGUGGACGGCCAGCAAAUGGACACAAGCGCUCACGAGCAAGUGGUGGACGCCAUCAGGCAGAGCGGCAACAAGUGCUGCUUGCUCGUGGUGGACAAGGACACCGACCUCAUGUAUGCUCAGGGUAAAGUGUCGCCCAUGCUGUUCUGGGAGGAGAAGAAGGACUCUCUCUCUCCGCCUAGUUACUCUGAAGCUAUCACCUUCCCCGCGCCGUUUAAACCACCCACAGCUGCUCAGGAGAGAAAGAAAGAUGAAGAAAUAGAGCUGAAACCUAAGUUGUGUAAGAUGGAGAAGACUCCCGCUGGAUACGGUUUUCAUCUCAACGGCAUCCAGGGUGUGUUUGGACAGCAUAUUAAAGAGGUGGUGAAGGGCGGGGCCGCCGACGUGGCCGGCCUGGUGGAUGACGACGUUGUGGUGGAGGUGAACGGGAAGAACGUGGAGCAGUGCACGCAUGACGAGGUGGUGGACAUGAUCCGCGGAACGGGGAGCAGGCUGGAGAUGCUGGUGGCCACCAAGAGCGUCUACGAGCAGCUCAAGGCUAGAGGGACGCCCGUCACGCGUCAGCUGCUCGGCGAGACGUCGCAAGUGCAAGUCCACAGUGAGGAUCAGGAGACCGCACCGGUUAAAGAGAGGACCUCAUCGGUGUCUUCAUCUUCAUCUUGUCAGAGUUUGGAUGACAGACUUUGACAAGCAACAACAUG